AUGUGGACCGAGAGUGGGUCUGUCUGUGGGAAUGUGGACCGAGAGUGGGUCUGUCUGUGGGAAUGUGGACCGAGAGUGGGUCUGUCUGUGGGAAUGUGGACCGAGAGUGGGUCUGUCUGUGGGAAUGUGGACCGAGAGUGGGUCUGUCUGUGGGAAUGUGGACCGAGAGUGGGUCUGUCUGUGGGAAUGUGGACCGAGAGUGGGUCUGUCUGUGGGAAUGUGGACCGAGAGUGGGUCUGUCUGUGGGAAUGUGGACCGAGAGUGGGUCUGUCUGUGGGAAUGUGGACCGAGAGUGGGUCUGUCUGUGGGAAUGUGGACCGAGAGCGGGUCUGUCUGUGGGAAUGUGGACCGAGAGUGGGUCUGUCUGUGGGAAUGUGGACCGAGAGUGGGUCUGUCUGUGGGAAUGUGGACCGAGAGUGGGUCUGUCUGUGGGAAUGUGGACCGAGAGUGGGUCUGUCUGUGGGUCUGAGAGUGGGUCUGAGAGUGGGUCUGAGAGUGGGUCUGAGAGUGGGUCUGUCUGUGGGUCUGAGAGUGGGUCUGAGAGUGGGUCUGAGAGUGGGUCUGUCUGUGGGUCUGAGAGUGGGUCUGAGAGUGGUGGGAGGUGUUGUUGAGCUGUACACUGAGGCGGACCCCACAGUCCCGGACCCCACAGUCCCGGACCCCACAGUCCCGGACCCCAGUCUGGCUAUUGAGUGUUUCAUACAAAAGGAGGAGGUCCUUCAUGGUCAUGGUCCUCUAGUGGAAGGAGGUGUCCCUCCUCCACAGAGCACCUCCUCCACAGAGCACCUCCUCCUGACAGAGCAGGAGAAAGACUUAAGUCUGAGCAAAGAACUCCACAAACUCCAGAAAACUCUGAGAAAACUGAGUCUGAGGAUUAGUACAGAACUGGCAGAGGGGGGGGCACUGGCAGAGGGGGGGCACUGGCAGAGGGGAGGGGGGGUACUGGCAGAGGGGAGGGGCACUGGCAGAGGGGGGGGGGGUACUGGCAGAGGGGAGGGGGGGUACUGGCAGAGGGAGGGGGGUACUGGCAGAGGGGAGGGGGGGGCACUGGCAGAGGGGAGGGGGGGUACUGGCAGAGGGGGGGCAACUGGCAGAGGGGAGGGGGGGUACUGGCAGAGGGGAGGGGGGGUACUGCAGAGGGAGGGGGGGUACUGGCAGAGGGGGGGCACUGGCAGAGGGGAGGGGGGUACUGGCAGAGGGGGGGCACUGGCAGAGGGGGGGCACUGGCAGAGGGGGGGGCACUGGCAGAGGGGUGGGGGGGUUACUGGCAGAGGGGGGGCACUGGCAGAGGGGGGGGCACUGGCAGAGGGGGGGGCACUGGCAGAGGGGGGGGCACUGGCAGAGGGGAGGGGGUACUGGCAGAGGGGGGGCACUGGCAGAGGGGAGGGGGGGUACUGGCAGAGGGGGGGGCACUGGCAAAGUUCAGAUUGA